AUGUCCGCUCUCCACCCGGCACCGGCUGGUUUCUUUGAUUUACAACGACCCGCUGCUUGGAGGUCAACACGUCCGUCAACGAGGCCCGGCCAUGCGGGUGACGACGGUGCAGUCACGGACAGCGAUGCGUCGGCAGCACAACCCCGAAACGAAGCCGAUCCAGAGGAGGAACUCGAAGAAGAGGAUAUCGAUGAUUCAGUAAAGGAGGAUAUGCAGAAACUUGAGGAUACUUUCCCAGGAAUCUCAGACCGGUUUCGACUGGUCAAUAGGAUUGGAGAAGGUACAUUUUCUACCGUGUACAAAGCGGAAGAUCUACUAUAUGACCAUUACAGAAACGACUGGGAUAUGUUCCAAGACAAUCACAAUGAUGCCUGGGCCAGUCCACCUCCAAAGAGGCGCCGUUUGGAAGAUGAGAGCGGCCGGUCAUUACCCUCCAAACGAAGAAGCCCUCGAUUCGUGGCUCUGAAAAAGAUCUACGUGACAAGCAGCCCUCUUCGUAUUCAGAACGAACUUGAACUACUACAUGAUUUGCGUGGAUGUCGAUCCGUAUGUCCCCUAAUCACUGCCUUCCGGUACCAAGAUCAGGUCGUCGCCGUCUUGCCCUUUUUCCCUCAUACCGACUUCCGAAUUCAAUACCGGACUUUCCUGGUUGCGGAUAUGCGACAUUAUUUCAGCAACUUUCUUUACAACCCGGAGCUCCGAGAAGGUGUUCUGGUUGACUUCGGCCUAGCGGAACGCGAGGGCGCUGAGUAUACUGGCACAUGCUUGUGCGCCAACUCGAGUUAUGUGCGCCGCAGUCGCUUAAUGCAGAGUUACUAUUACACCCAUUGUCCGGCGACCGCGCCAUCGGCAGGGUAUCCCAAAAACGAUUCCAGGCCGUCAAAACGAGCCAAUCGAGCGGGAACCCGAGGCUUUCGUGCACCGGAGGUUCUGUUCAAAUGCACCUCUCAAACAACCAAGAUCGACAUGUGGUCCGCCGGGGUUAUCCUUCUAACCUUACUUGGGCGGCGGUUCCCAUUCUUCAACUCGGCUGAUGAUGUUGACGCAAUGAUAGAAAUGGCGAGCAUAUUUGGCACGCGCCGUAUGAAGUCGGCAGCCGUCAUGCAUGGCCAAAUUUUUGAAACUAAUGUUCCAACCAUCGGUGAGAAGGGAUACAGUUGGGAGAAGCUCGUAAAGUGGGCUAGUUGUGUAGAAGAGUUGACAGAGAGCGAGAAACAGGCUACGCGUCUACUGGCUGGUCUCAUGGAACUAGAUCCCUACAAACGCAUGAGCGCCAAAGAGGCACUGCAACAUGAGUUCUUCACCGAGCCCAUAGUCCACGACGUGCCAUGGGGAGGAAACCCCGACGACAGCCCAGACACUGGUGAGGAGGGCGAACGAGACAAAGAAGAGGAGGAUGCAGACGAGGUGGCCAUGGUUUAG